CCUUGCAUCGCUUCAGUUUUGCGGCCAACUUUUGUCGAAACGAUUCAGUUGCCGGCUCCACGCAUUUCAUUAUGGAUAAUUUUUCGGUAAAUUCCAGAACAACCUGUGGCCAAAAUUAUGAUCCUGGCAUUCUUCCCACCCCCUUACGUUUAUUGGCCAUUGUUUCGUAUCCUGUUUUGUUGGUGCUUUGCACCAUCGGAAACGGUGCUGUUGUUUGUCUAUGGGCCAGGAAACUGAGGCAGACAUCAACAAAUGUCUACCUUGUGUUGAUGUCCUUUCUGUCUAUCUUGUACAUGUGGAUCCAGCUUCCAAUCAGAAUUAUGGAUUACAACAGUUCUCAGGACGCCCGUCACGCUAACAGUUCGCUGGCCAACUCUUUAUUGGAUUCCUUCGGUGCAAUAACAUGUAUUGGCAACACUUUGAUCAACUCGGUUGAUUGGAUUCUUGUUAUAUACUCGGGUGAGCGCAUGGUUGCCAUAAUCAGACCGCUAUGGAACCGGCUAUUGAGUAUUAUUAUUUGCUACGACACCACGAAGCGCCCCCGUCUUCUCUGCAGCUCUGGUCCCGCGUCACCUCUAACGGGCAGUUGAUCUUCUUCUUCGGAGUUUACGCUGUACUGACUGUCACAAAUGUGGUUUUGCUGGCUUGGCUAUUUUAUACCAACCAAAGAAGCACUUUCACGCCUGGAAGUAUUAACUCUA